AUGGCGAUCAAGUUGUCGAAGUGGAACGGCCCGGUGGGCGUGAUUGCGCCAGCAGCAGGGACGAUUGGCGGCGGAGCCGCGACAGGAUCCGCGACCGCGACCGAUGCCGCGGGUGGCGGCGCGGGGACGAUCGGGAUCACGGCCGAGGGUGGUGCCGUGAGCGAGGCCGCGGGUGGCUCCGCGGGCAGCGUCUCCCCCGGGGUCGCCGGGAUGACGACGAGUGUCGAGGAGGAUCCAGAGGAGGCCAUCGCGGGCGGCGGCGGUGCGACUGGUGCUGAGGCCGUCGCGGGCGGUGACAGUGGGAUCGGCGCUGAAAACAGGGAGCCGACGGCGGUGGUGCCGAAGAACCGAGGCACUGACGGAGCCAGGGGGCGAGGUGGGAGGUUGAGGAGGGCGGCAAGCGACGCGGGGAUAGACCCGGAGCUGGCGGCGUCCGAAGCAGAAGCGGUCAUGGCGCCGGCGGCGGCAGCCCUAGGGUGUAGGGUUUUGGUGCGGCGGCGGCGGCGGCGGGUGGGGUGGAGGUGGAGGACCUAG